AUUACUCGUCAGAGGGUUAUACUUUUAGCUUCCCCCAUCCUGCAAGGCCACUCAACCAUGUGCUAGCAGGAGUAAUCUUUAUUCACAAUGUCUUUACAAAGGCUUCAGCAACAGAAUAGCAAUGACAAUUUGGUGGACUAUUGUACCGGUCCAUCUUACAGCUCUUACUCCACACUCACAGGCGGCUUCCGAAUGGAUGAUAAUAGAAGGAUUCAAAUGCUGGCAGACACAGUGGCUACUUUGCCUCGGGGGAGAAAGCAGCUUGCUUUGACGAGAUCAAGUUCUUUAGGUGACUUCUCCUGGUCUCAAAGAAAGCUUGUUAGCGUGGAGAAGCAAGAUAAUGGAACAUUUGGAUUUGAAAUUCAGACUUACAGGCUCCAGAACCAGAACACGUGCUCCUCUGAGAUGUGCACUCUGAUUUGCAAAAUCCAGGAGGACAGCCCAGCACACUACGCUGGCCUGCAAACUGGUGAUGUCCUUGCAAAUAUCAAUGGUGUGAGCACAGACGGCUUUACCCACAAACAAGUCGUUGACCUGAUCAGAUCUUCAGGAAACUUGUUAACGAUAGAGACUCUUAAUGGAACAAUGAUUCUCAAAAGAACAGAGCUUGAAGCAAAGCUACAAGUUUUAAAGCAAACCUUGAAGAAAAAAUGGGUGGAGUUCAGAUCUCUGCAGUUACAGGAACAGCGUCUGCUUCAUGGUGACUCCGGUACCUGCCCAAGUUUGGAAAACAUGGACAUAGAUGAAUCAGUUUUGUUUGGAACCCUGCCUGGGCCCGGCCCCGCCCUCCUGGACCGGAAUCGGUUAUCCAGCGAGAGCAGCUGCCUGAGCUCCAUGACCAUGGACAGUGAGGAUGGCUACCCGACGUGUGUGUCUGAGGACUCCAGCAGGGGAGCCUUCAGUCGACAGACGAGCACAGAUGACGAGUGCUUUGUCCCCAGGGAUGGGGACGAUUUUCUGAAGCGGUCUUCUUCGAGGAGGAACCGAAGCAUUAGUACUGCCAGUAGUGGGUCCAUGUCCCCCUUGUGGGAGGGUAACUUCUCAAACGUGUUUGGGACCCUGCCCCGGAAAAGCAGAAGGGGAAGUGUCCGGAAACAACUGUUAAAAUUCAUCCCCGGCCUUCACCGUGCGGUGGAAGAGGAAGAGAGUCGCUUCUGACGCGCCGUCCUGCCCUCUUGUAUUGGCUUAUUUCGUAAAUGUCUCUAGCCCUGGUUACACCAACCCCACCCAGCCGGGUGGGAAAUGGUGGAUGGACUGCCAAACGGAAACCCCAUUUUGUGGCAACAGUAACCUUUAUUUAAAAUUUUGUACCAUUAUUUUUGCUUCUCAAAUCAUUUUGUAACCAGAAAACCUCUGUUUAUAACCAGAGAAUAGGGGGAUUAAGUAACAAAUUAGGUAGUAUAACAAGUUAAUGCACAUUCCUGCUCCUUCUAAUGCUGGCUGUGAAGGCAAGGGUUGUAUUUAUUUUCUAGAUUAUCUGUAUGAAAAACUGAGAACUUUUCAGAGUCAAGAGUAAAUAAAAGAGGGACAGAACAUAAUUAUUUGGGAUACCUUCCAUAGGUUAAUUGGUAGGUCGCGAAACCUUAUGUUUGCUUCAGAUCAGUAGCCUGCAGGGAGGCUUAGUAAUAGGCAAUUUUGAAUGUUUCUAUUUAAAUCUGUGAAGGAUUAUAAAGAUGAUCAUCAGGUAUUUUUCCACAAACAGAGCAACAAUAAAGCAGGAAGCAUACGAUUUAAUAUUAGAGUUUAGCUCCAUGAGAUCCGUGGAACAUGUUGUCUAAUAGUGAUGCUGAAGAAGAUUAUGAUGAGGUCUUUUUUAUAGGCAGCCUAAACAAAAUAGGCAAGAAUGUCACUUAUCCAAUUCAACUAUCGUUCUGCCUAAACAUUGAUGGCAAAUCUAGAAUUCCCCAGAUUCUGCAUACAACUUUGUAAUUUUUAUUAUUGAGCAAAUGUCUGAAAUUUGAAAAAUUAAAACCAGGAAAAGGAUCUUCCUCCUGUAGAUUUUUUUCACAUUAUUCCUCACUUUAUAUUAUAGAUUCCAAAUUGUCACUGCCUUAGCACUCUUUUGUGUGUUGGUCAUGUCAGUAUCACAUGAUUUCUAGCCUUUCAAUCACAUUUUCAUUUGGUAUCCAUUUAAAGUCAUGAUUUCUCUGUUCUGGUGGUACAGCUGCUCAUGACCUAUAUUCUAGAGUGGACAAUGUAAUAAAUAAUCCUUACUGAUUUAAA